UCAGUCGACAGUAUUGACAUCGAACAUUCAAGAAUUUAGCCUAUAUUAAGGGUUUCGAAUAAAACAUCCCAAAAAAUGGACGAGUAAGGAAGUUUUAUUAUGAAUUUUUCUUUCGCGGGUUGUGGUUUUCUUGGAAUUUACCAUGUUGGUGUAGCAAGUUGCCUCAAACAACAUGCACCACAACUGGUGGAGAAGGCGACGUUUUUAGGAGCUAGUGCAGGUGCCCUAGUGUGUACUUGUUUGUUAUGUGGUAUAGAUAUAGGUGAAUGUACAAGUUUUGUGUUACGACUUGCGACAAAAGCUCGUUCCAGAGCUCUUGGACCUCUACAUCCAAGUUUCGACAUUUCAAGAAUUCUCAGGGAUGUGCUGGAUACCAUAUUACCAGACAAUGCCCACGAGAUUGUCCGGGGUCGGUUAUAUGUCUCCCUGACCAGGGUCAGUGACAAGCAGGCAGUGCUGGUGUCUGAUUUCCACUCUAAGGCUGAUCUUAUACAGGCUCUGCUGUGCAGUGCACAUGUUCCACUUUACUCAGGAUUGAUUCCACCUUCAUUCCAUGGAACGCGAUACGUAGAUGGAGGCUUGAGUGACAACCUUCCAAUCCUAAAUGAUGAAACCAUCACUGUCUCUCCUUUUGCGGGAGAAAGUGACAUCUGUCCUUCUGACAAUUCAUCCAAUUUUGAGCACAUCAUACUAGUCAACACGAGUAUGCAGCUAACCAGCAGGAAUCUCUAUAGAAUCUCUAGGGCCCUGUUCCCUCCCCACCCCUCCAUACUCAGCGACAUGUGUACAGAGGGGUUUGAUGACUGCUUGAAGUUUCUACAGAAGAACAAUCUGAUCUCCUGUACGCGUCACCUGAAGGUUAAGUCCUCCAUUCGUCCCGUCCAGAGCUCGUGUCAGUUAGACGCCAUGGAUGUUGAGCAGUGUGACGGGGAAGAGUCAAUACUGGAGGAGGAGGAGGAGGACCCCCACGGGGAAAACUGCCAGGAGUGUAGACAGAAAGUCCAGGGGGCCCUGACUGAUACACUACCUCCAACUGUGGCAGAAGCUUUCCAGGUGGCGUGUGAUUCGAUGAACAAAGGUUUCCAGUCGUACCUCCAUAGACACCGAGCACUAAGAGUAGCCUCACUUAUGGUUGCCCCGUGGUUCUUACCGGCUGAUAUUGUGUAUAACUACACACUCAGGGUGUUAGAGUACUUGCCUUCCUUGCCAAAUGAUGUGCGAGUAAUGUCUCAGGAAGUCGUUAGCAUACUGCGCCAUCUUCUUCAUCAGUUCCAGCACACCAAACGCAAAUACCGUGCACAAUUCACAUGCCAGCUUGCCAUCACAGAGAUCAACUAUGGAAAUCAACCUCGGUUGCCAAACUCGCUAACAAUGAGUCCUUAUCAACCAGAGCCUAUCAACCCCUCUGUCAGGAACCUCAACAUUGGCUUUGCAGUUGACUUUGAAACAGAAUCCAAAGAUCUGGUCAAGUCUAUAGGACACAUCGGGAGACAUCUUAAUCAGAUGGACAUCAACCAAGUGGAGGUACGCUCCGAGGAGAGGGGUCGGAACAUCCAUCUGAACAUGUCUGGUGACCAGGCCUCCAAUCAACUGUUUGACACUUUUGAACAAUGUCUGCUUAUUUCAAACGAGAUGGAGUCAGCCAUGGCCUACUAUUACAAGGAUGAGAGCAAUAGAGAGUGCUACAAUGUGCAGGAAAUCUAUGACAUAGACAGUGUAGGUAUUACGUUACCUAGUCCCACUGAUCUAUCCUCAGGACAGGACUUACCAGAUUCUGACUGGCACACCUAUCUCGAAUCCAAACCAGAUAUUGAGAAUGAGGUGGGAGACAGAAUACAGGAAGUCUUAGCCAUACCAGAAUUCCAGAGCAGUGACCAUGGUGAUACAAUGCAAUCCAAGUAUGAGGUUGAAGAAGAUGAUUAAAAAUGGGCAUGACAUUCCACUUUGUUUGACUGCUUCAUUAUUUAUUGUUCUGCAAGCAAGAAUUGACUUAUAAUUUUGCAUUUACCAUUUCUUAAUUUUGCUAUUGGUCAACAUUUGGGAAUCUGUUGUAAGUUUCCUUUUGUUCCGAGGUCAUGCUGUCCUGUCUCUAAAGAUAUUGUUAAACAGCAUGCACUUAAAAUUGAAAUGAAAGGUUUACUCAGUGCUUCUAACAUAGUGCCAGUGUCUGUGGGAGCUAUUACUGAAAACUUUUUUAGGAGAUAGCUUCAGUAUUCAUCUUCCUUUGUUUGAAAUAUGGAUAUUUUCCUCCUGUAUUCCAUUCAUACCUAUUUAUUACCACAUGCACAUGUGCCAAAUUUGUGUGUUUUUAUGUAACAGUUUGUCAAGAUGAAAUUUACUAUAUUUUAACUAUUUAUUUAUAAUGUCAUUUUGUUUUAAUUCCCUAUAGCAUUCUGUUUUUAUUGUAAAGGACUUUUGAGAUAUUCCUUUUGUAGAUCAAAACCGAUGUAAAAAUGCAUAUCUUACAAUAUAUGUUCAUUGUACCUGUAUUAACAAGGAUUCGGCCAAAAUUUACCUCAUAUAUGUACUUGCAAUUUUAACUUGGCUUUUAGUGUUUAUACUUUUACUGUAAAUUUGGUGCUUCCUUUCAUUGCCAUUCCUUCAUUCUCAUCACAGUAUUUUAUGUAAAUUGUACUUUCAUUACUUCUAGUUUGCUGUUUUGUACAACUAAAGCAAUGCAAUUUUUUUGUGUGUCCAUUUUUUUUUAAGUUUUCACAUCUAAUGCUUAUCCUAAGCAUUGUAUGUGUACACUUUAUGUAGAACAAUUUUCUUAGCUUUGUAAAUAUGUACAUACACACACGUUACAACAAAACUGAUUCACAACCAAAUAUUCAGUCCUAGUGCUUGUUGUUUUAAAUUCUGUUGCAGAUGGCUGAUAUUCUGGUUUAUAUUAAGACAGAACUUGUAUCAUUUAGUAAUAAUUAUGUAUUGUUAUCCCAUAGUGUUCUUGUAUUAACGUCAGUGUUGUUAUGUAGUUAAACUGUUGAUCAGGAUUAAUCAUAAUGGCAUUAGUUCAGAAAAAAAACUUGUUACAGAAUACAAAAAAUAAAUAAAAGAACAAU